UUCUGGUAAAAGGAGCGUCUGCUGAAGAAAGAGAGACACAGCAGAGUCCGGACCGCAGAGCCCGGAGAGCAGACUGUGAACCUGAACCCUGACAGUCCGCAAGACACCGCGGAGGAAACGCAACCGAGUUUUUAAAUCAUGGCAGGAGGGAAAAUGCGCUCCACUCGCAGACUGCGCUCCUGGAUCGUCGAACAGGUCAGCAGUGGGAAAUAUCCGGGGCUGGUGUGGGACGACGAGGCCAAAACCAUGUUCCGCAUCCCGUGGAAACACGCCGGGAAACAGGACUUCCGCAAGGACGAGGACGCCGCAAUUUUCAAGGCGUGGGCAGAGUUCAAAGGCAAGCUGACGGAUGGGAGUCAGGACAACCCGGCGUCCUGGAAGACCCGCCUGCGCUGCGCCCUCAACAAGAGUCCAGAGUUCAUGGAGGUGAUGGAGCGAGCCCAGCUGGACAUCUCGGAGCCCUACAAGGUCUACCGCCUGGUCCCCAUCAACGAGCAAGGAAUGGUGGUUCCCGAAAAGAAAUGCAGAGUGAAAGCCAAGAGGCCGAAGAGGAGGAGGAGCAGCAGCAGUGACUCGGAGAGCGACGACGGUGUCGUGGGAAAGCAGAUAAAGAAAGAGGAGGUCACGUCGCAGCUGUCUGUGGAAGAGACUCACGUCACCGUCCUGACAGAGGAACCGGCUCAGCACAGCGACGCCAUCCAGAGAGACGUGGUUGAUGAGAUCAGGUUGGACGUGCGGAUCGAGGAGAGCGUCGCCGCUCCAGCGGGAGGCCAGGACUCCUUCAGUGUGGUGGUUCAUUAUUUAGGACAGGAGGUUCUCAAGCGUCAGAUCCAGGGCACUGAUGUCAGGAUAACGUACCUGCCUUCCUCUCUCGCCCCCCCGACUUCGGCCGCCCUGAAGGCCCGGUUUCCCCGCAUCCCGCUGCCGGAGCCGCCCUCCACGCUGCCGGUGGGCCAGGAGCGGCAGGCCCUCGCCACUCUGCUGCCCUUCAUGGAGAAAGGGGUGGUGCUGACCUCCACGCCGCAGGGAGUCUACGGCAAGCGGUUCUGCCAGGGGCGGGUCUUCUGGACGGGGCCGCACACGACCACGCCGGGGCUGCACAAGAUGGAGAGGAACACGGAGCCCGUGAUGCUCUUCAGUAAAGACGCCUUCAAACAGCAACUGGAUCAUUUCCGUUCAAAUGGCGGCGCGCCUCCUCAGUGCGGCGUCACUCUGUGUUUCGGGGAAGAACUGAGUAACACCGAAGACCCGUCUGGAAAACUCAUUAUAGUUCAGGUAAAGAUCACUUUACCGUGGGCGGAAGAGCAGGUCCAGACCGCCCAGUCCUUCAUCGAGUCCAUCACCAUCCUCCAGUCUCUGGCCAGUCAGUCUCCGCUGGGAGAAAUAACUCUAAACCUGGUCAGCGUGGACUCUCUGUCGUCUGAGACCAUCACCUGUGGCCCCUUCUGAGCACCUUGCCCACUGUGAAAGGGCUUCAAAUUCCAAAAUAAGAGACCUUUCUAACUUUGAAACCCAUUCUUGUGAUACAAAAGAAUACAGUGAGGAACAACUUCAUUCUAAAUGCAUCAUCUAAAGUGAGUCUUAAAAAGAUUAAUUACAGAGUCUCAGAGAUAAACAGAUUAUAUAGCGGAUAGCCAAAUAAAAGCCACUAGUUUGUGUGGUAAUUGUAUUUUCAGCCCCAACAGAUCUUUCUAGCACUUCUAGCACAUUUCACUUUCUUUCUUUUUUUGUUGCCCUGAAACGAAUACUGGAGUUUCUGGGAGGGACUUUGGCCCCUCGUGUCCUCGUAGACAUUAGUCGGUGUACUGGAAGCACUACAUGUAACACUGAGAAGUCGUCUUCAGAGCUGCAACCAUUAAGUUGACUGGCAGAGUCAAAUUGUUUUUACUCGUCAUAUGUGACGCUAAUAUAACAGAUAACAAAAUAAAUGUUAGUUGCAGCUCUAGUCUUUCUUCGCUGGGUUUUCUGGAAAUGUGAUAAGAGUAAUAAUCCUCUACGUGUAGUUCCCAACCUGUGGAACGGUCACAGGUUACAUCCGAGUGUGCCGAGAUUAGAUUUAUUAGACAGGAAAGCAGAGUUAUCGAAUCUUUUGCUUUUCUUUUUGUGAAUUACUGGAUGAUUCUGAAUGGGUUUAGGCAGAAAAUGUGUAACAUAUGCAGCCAGUAACGGGCCUCAAAGGUGCUUUUUAUUUUAAUGGGGUCACAAACUAAACAGGUUGGAAUCCACUGCUCUCUGCAACUGUACAGCGCUGUACUUGUCGUCCUUGAAGCUGCAAAUAAUAGUCCAGUAGAGUAGUGAGCAAAGAUGUAUCUUUUUUUUAAUGUGCUGCCUGUUAAUCUACUCAAAUCCAACUUUAGAUUAGUCAUUUCUUUUCACGUUAGUCAUUUGUGGUUAAACACAGACAUUGAUACAUGUACAGAUGUGUGUUGAUAGUCGUCUGGUGAUGAUAAUGAGACUUGAAGCAGUGCUCAGUCAGAAUCAUUAAAGGAAAUCUUUCUAUACUCCACUGUUAUGUGAGAAAACUAAUCUUAUUUACAAGACUGUUAGUUUAGAUUAGUGUUUUAGAGAGUUACGCCAAAUUCUGACACUGCGGUAGACAAUUUUAAAAGUUUGUAUGUGUGAGGGGCAAACUGAAGUACACAACAUUUCAAUACAAAAGUCUUGUAGUAUCUACAGGCUGCUGACACUCAGAAUAUUUGGUUUUUAGGGGGCUGUCAGAGACAUUUAUACAACUCUUUUUUUAAAAGGUGGUAGCUUGGUGUGAUUUCCUGCGAGAUUUGUGUGUUAACACUGUUAUUUCCUCUCUAAAAAGUACAUAAUGUUUGUCGAGUUUGCCACUAAUGCACCGUUCAGGCAGGGAAUACUGUACUGGAGGUUAGAAAAGGCAGCUACACACGCGACAUACAAAGUGGCAAACAAAAGUGUCAUAAUCUGUUUUAGGCACAAUAAAGACAUUUAAUAAAUGUUUUUUAACUCACUAUAAUGUAGUUGUAUGCAUGUUUACAUACUGCACAACCCAAACUACAACCUUAAUCGUGAUCCUCAACCUGAAUAUCUCACAGUCUGACCAAAAACCAAACAUUUUAAGCUUCAACAAAUUUGUAUUUACUGCAGGGCUUCAGUAUUGUAAAAGGUAGUUCUCGUAUGUAGUCCGCCCCCCUGAGAGCUUACAGUGCACACAGGAAUGACAAUAAUACAGCAACAGAGCAUAACAUUGGACCAGAAAUACCACAGGUGCAUGGCAGUAGUGUUAAAAUGUGUUUAAGGUGAAUUUUCCAUUUAAAUCGGGUGUUGGGCUGAACCACAAAGGCACACUCUGAGGAGGAGGGGGGUUGAGAGGGAGGUGGAAGAGAUCUACCAAACUGUAAAUAUAUUGUUAUUUAUGCAUGUUCUACGUUAUGUCCUGUCCAGUUGGGAAAAUGCAUUAAAAAUAAACGGAUUCUUACA